AUGACGUCGCAGGUUCUCGGCGUCGUGGCAUAUCCGAAAACCUUGAAGAAAGCAAGAGAAGAGAUUGAUUCGGUGGUUGGAAGGGACAGGAUGCCGGCCUUUGACGACUUCGAUCAUCUGCCGUACGUAAGGGCGAUGGCGAAGGAGGUGUUGAGGUGGCGGCCUGUCGCUCCUCUUGGUUCUCCACACCGCUUGACCAAAGACGACACCUACGAAGGCCACUUCAUCCCUGCCAAUACCAUCCUCAUCUCGAAUAUCUGGUCGAUCAACCGCAACCCGCUCGUCUUCGGCCCCGACGCACAUGAGUUCAACCCCUCACGUUUCAUCACCAAAGACCCGAGGACCGGCGAGACGAUGCUCGUUCCAGCUCCAUACGACACGAAAGACGAGCACCACGUCGCGUUUGGGUUCAGGCGGAGGAUCUGCAAACGACUGAUUGAUCCGGAUGGGUAUGUCGAUGAGGGUAUCGUCAUGUAA